GUGGGUAGUAGUACUCAGAGAAAGAGGGUCCCCUUAAGAAUUUAUUUCAGCAAGAAUUGGGAGUAGUGAGGUGGUGUGGCCAAGGGUGGUUGGGCUCUUAUUUUGCAAUACCAACUCACACACACACACACUAGCUAUAGUACUACUACUCACUACCAAUAUGUUCUCCUGUUUGAGUCUUUGAGAGUAAAAAUAGUCACUCCUACUCUUCAUGGCAUGCUUAGAAAUGUACAACAAAAACAAUAACUCAUCCACUGACCACAGCAACAGCACCAACAACAACAACAAACAUUAUUCAAUGAGUCCAAGAAUCUCUUUCUCCAAUGACUUCAUUGAAUCUUCAACUACUUCUUCUCAGCAUCAUCAACAACAAAUGAUGAUGAAGAAUCAAGAAAGGUCUUAUAGUGAUGCUCCUGUUUCCUCUGACUUUGAAUUCUCCGUCACUAAUUAUUCCAUGAUUAGUGCUGAUGAACUUUUCUCUAAGGGCAGGUUACUGCCCUUUAAAGAGACUCAAAAGACUAUUACUACUAUUCGAGAUGAACUCCUCAAUGACGACGACGAUGAUGAUAAUGAUUUUACCUUGACGAUACCCAAAAGUUCUACUAGGUGGAAGGGUCUAUUAGGCCUCAAAAAAUCUCAUCUUGGUUCCAAGAAAAUCGACAAGAAAAAUGAUGAAAAGAGGCCUCAAGACCUGCCUCAUGCCACCAAGAAUUCCCAGGAGAUGUACAAUGGGUCUGGUAGUGGAAGGGAUAUGGAUUUUCGUUUUAAUUGAAAGUAAUAUUGAGGUGCAGGUGCAGUAAGUAGAUUUUUAGAAGGUAUUUUGGGUUAUGGCAAUGUCACAAUGGCUUAUGUUUUCUUAGUUUUGAAGUUUGGGAGAAUCAAUGCAGAUUCUGAUUUGUUUUGAGUUAGAAGCUUUGAAUUUAAAUUCUGAUUAUUUACUGGUAUCUUUGAGGGCUGUUGUGUACUUUUUUGAUUGUAUCAUCAAUUGUUAAAUAUGUAGAAGUUGGGAGUUUUUGGCUUUA